AUGACAUGUGCUGAUUGUGGCGUCAUGUACCCUUUCUGUCGAUACUAUAUGAAAAGUGCGCUGAAACAUCUAGUCAAUAGCAGCCUUGCCUCUUUAGCUCUCAGCGGGGCACAGAAGUUCCAAAGCUGUAACGCUGAUAUUAGAGUGCUUGCUAAUUUCACUUCUUUACUCCGUCCGUGCUGUUCGCUCUUUUGGUUAACCAAAAGAGCGAACAGCAUCUCUGGCGCUAGGAAAUCGAACAAUAUAUUAGUUGGGCACGUGAUAACAAGAGUAGACACUAUAUCUUCAGAAGAGAUGAUUGAUGAAUCAGAGGACAGUGAAUCUGAAGUAUAUACAGCAGUCGAAGCCACUAUCCCAGGACCACCAGCAGUAACAGCAGACGUGGAAGACGCCUUGUUGCAAUCUCCAUUGAAGCGGAUUUGUUCCCAGCCUGAGAGAGAAGUGUCUACAAGAGCAAGCUACCUUUGGCUUUCAGCGCGUGCAUGUGCACACGAACUUCGUUCUCAGACUGGUGACGAUACCAAGGGAGUUCAAUUUAUGGCACUUUUCAUUAGUGAAAAACAUCUUCACCUUUAA